UGGGGAGGGGAAGGGCCCCUAAAGACAGGUCUCACACAGCUCCGAGAGCUGCACUUGCCGUCUCCUCCGCCCACUCAGAAGCUGCUCCCACCUCAGGUCCAGACCGACGUGCGCUGCCACAAUGGGCUCUGAGCUGGAGACUGCGAUGGAGACCCUCAUCAACGUGUUCCACGCCCACUCGGGCAAGGAGGGGGACAAGUACAAGCUGAGCAAGAAGGAGCUGAAGGAGCUGCUGCAAACCGAGCUCUCCGGCUUCCUGGAUGCCCAGAAGGACGCAGAUGCAGUGGACAAGGUGAUGAAGGAGCUGGACGAGAAUGGAGACGGGGAGGUCGACUUCCAGGAGUACGUGGUGCUGGUGGCCGCUCUCACCGUGGCCUGCAACAACUUCUUCUGGGAGAACAGCUGAGCAGACAGCCCCAGGGCAGCGCCGUCCCCUCACCCCGCUUGCCUCACCCCAGCUAUGACUCCCCACACUCCCACCUUUACCUGCCCCCUCCGCACACCAAGGAGCAGGAGUAGCAGCCCAGCGCAGCAACUCGUCUUCAUUAAAGGCUCCCCUCGCCAGC